AUGCUACAACUACUCAUUCCUCGCAUCGCCCGACCAACAGCGUCUUUCCACUCCUACAUCACCGCUCAAAGAACAAUACAUUCAGCCAUGGCUCAGCGACGGAUUGCGAACCCCGCUCUCUUUAUUUGCGACUUGCAGGACAAGUUUCGGCCGGCGAUUGAUGAGUUUCCGAGAGUUGUUGCGACGGCGCAGAAGUUGCUGAAGGCUAGCCAGCUAUUCAACAUCCCCGUAUUCGCGACAACCCAGAAUAAAGCGCGCUUGGGCGAGACAUGUCCAGAAUUGAUGUUGGACCAGCCCGAUGGUAUCAAGACGGUCUGUCACCUUGACAAGACUUUGUUUUCUAUGAUAACACCAGAAGUCAAACAAGCUCUCGAUUCGCUCAACGUCCCAGGUCCCCUCUCCUGCAUCGUCGUCGGUAUCGAAAGCCACAUAUGCAUCACCCAGACUACGCUCGACCUCCUCCGAUUCGGCCACAAAGUCUACAUCAUCGCGGAUGGUGUAAGCAGCUGCAACAAAGAGGAGGUACCCAUUGCGCUGGCAAGGCUGAGACAUGAAGGCGCCACAGUGACAACGAGCGAGAGCUUUCUGUAUGAAUAUGUACAAGAUGCAGGGAAUCCCGAGUUCAAAGACCUUAUCAAGGUGGUCAAGGAGACGUCGCAAAGCACAAAAGAGACUAUGCAAACACUGUGCAAGUUCUAGAGUGGAGGUAGUCUAUUCGCUGGGUUUGGACGUGAACGUUUCGUUUGGCUGUCUCACUUGUAGAUACGGAAAAGGGCAUGUCUCAGGCAUCUGCCCGGCGAGACACGGCAUCAACACACGCAACGCUUUGCUGUCUGACAACCCGCAAUUUCUACACCUAGUGACCUGUAAUUUGUCUCAUCUCAGAAAUCCAUUCAAAAAC